AUGGCUGCGCCCUUCUCUCUGUGCAAGGGAAAUAAGUUUUUACUUUGUGUCAAUGUCAUUCAAAAUAAUUUAGCAUUCAUUUCCACUUCAACUUUUGUAAAAUCUCCUGAAACAAGAAACUCAAAUAGAAAUCGUAGACAACGACCUGAUGCAGCUGGGAAAACGCCAAGUGACAAGAAAGAAUUCAGGAAGCUGUUACUGGUCAAAAAGGAUGCGAGAAGGUUCGAUGGAAGUCGGGAAAAGCCAAAGGACAUGUACAAUCCCCCUCGCUCCAAGAAGAUGUCAGUGGACGUGGACUGGCCCAGUGUGUGGCCUGUAGCUCAGACCUACAAGCAGUCUGUGGUGCCACUACCACUGAGACAGGGCGCUGUUCAGGGCCAGGAGGGCACGAUGGGUGAACACGGCCUGCCCCCUCAGGGAUAUGCAAACACAGAGCUUGUGAAGAUACCAAACUUCCUUCACCUCACCCCCAGGCACAUCAAGCAGCAAUGCGCAGCCAUCAAAAAAUUCUGCACGCGCUGGCCAGAAGGUCUUGAGACGCCACAGCAGAUGAAGGAGCAUUUCCCCCUAGAGGUCACCACCAGCGACUACUGCUUCUCAUCAAACAGUGUGCGAGAUUCACGAGCCAGGGUCGUUACCUUCAAGUUCAAUAUGAAGGAUCUCCAGCUGGACCCACAUAGCCAGGACAAGAUGAAACGGUUGCUAGGCAACCGGUAUGACCCACAGACAGGGGACAUCACUCUAGUAGCAGACAGAUGUCCUCUGAAGCAGCAGAAUUACGACUACCUGCGCUAUGUGAUGACUGUGCUGUACUUUGAGUCAUGGAAAACGGAGCCGUGGGAGGCCGAGAAGACUGAGUCAGACAUGGAGUUCUACAGCUGGGACCGCAGCCUUAACAAGGAGGGACUGGUGAAAACCCUCCGGGCGUACAAAGACAGGGCCAAGGAGUUAACUGAAGCUGAAGGGAGGCAACUCUCGCACCUGCCAGAAGAGAUCACAGUGGAUAGUGUUACCUCCCUUGAGGAAGUGAAAGCCUACCGGUCUGCAGUAGAAGAGCUUUAUAACACUGGGGAGAAUAUUGAGACUCUGAAUAAUUACAAGAAGUCUGUAAUGAACUUGCUGAAGGUUCAACAGCCAAGAGCUAUGUAGGCAAACCCUGCAAGUAGCUUGUGAAUGUUGAAAACAAAAACUGAGAGAAAAAAUAUAUGUUUGUUCCAUA